CGGGGACAUUAAAUUCUGAUGUGCCAAGGGACCUUGACCUGCCAUUGAAGGAUCGUUUCUACAUUCAGCCAUUGACUCCAGCAGAGGCAGCACAAAGGGCAAAGGAGUCAGCCAAGGAAAUCCUUAAUGUUAAGGAACUGAUAGACAAGAAGGCAUGGCCUUAUGUCCAGAAUGACCUUCGUCUAAAGGCCUCAUAUCUCCGGUAUGACCUCAACACAGUCAUCUCUGCCAAGCCCAAGGACCAGAAGAAACCUCUCAAAGAUCUUAUUGGAGAUCUCUUCAAGACCAUUGAUGAUUUGGACCAUGCUGCAAAGAUAAAGAGCACUCCUGAAGCAGAGAAGUACUAUGCAGCUACUGUGUCUAAACUAAAUGAUGUACUCUCCAAGAUUGGUUAAGGAGAAUUCAGUUUCUGUACCUUUUGUUGUGGUGUAAUGUUUAUUUCUGCCUCUAUGAGACAGUUUGAUUGUAAUUUGAAGGGAAUUCAAUGAAGAUCAAAAGGUGGAAAAAAGUCCUUCCCUUCUCUCCAA